UACCCUCUUAAUUCCUAUGGAAGAAGACUACUCCCCCUCAGCUUUGGGCAGCAGCGCACGGUUGGCCCCUGGCGGCACCGGAUUCAAUGGGAGAACAACGGGCAGGUUUACAGUUUAAUGAGCACUGGGCUGGAGUACCAGGCUCCGUAUCGGUCCACCAGCCAGUCGAGGGUUUACGUGAGCAGUCGGAGGGAUGGUACUGGGAGCCAGAUGUCUGGAGCGCGCAGAAGAAUGACGCUUAUGAGAACCGGACCAAAUGACUCCAGACAGUUCAGGACUGAUAACAGUGCACAGUCGGGACUUCUCACACCUGGACACGAUGUUAGACCGUAUGCGCCCGUGAAUCGUCAUGCGUCAGGGUUCAGACAGCGACUUGAACGCCCUACAGCAGCAGUUGUAAGACAUCCAGGCGCACGCCAUUUUAAUGGUGAAUUCAUCAGAACCACGAACGCCUCUUCACCGGGGAGUUCAACAGAUUUUUCUGGCGGUAAUGGAGGUUCUGUCACUGUGGAUAAUACCGCACUACAUACUAGAAUAGGUGAAUCCGGACCUGGUGCGCAAAACCAACAGUUACGCGCGGGGCCGGAGGUGACGCCUGUCUCCAGGCAACCUGCUCAGACUGAUCGCUUCAUCUCAGCACACCCGUCAGGUCUGGAAAAUGAGUCUGAGGCACCGGCUGUAUUUCCUGCACUAACUGAGGAAAACAGCAAUGGAGAGGACAUGGUCAAUGACGACCCUCGAAACCCGCUUAAAAACCACAGGAAUUCUGUUUUCUACAACAUGUAUCCGACCAGAGGGAGGUCAGCGGCCCGCACCCUCCGUCCGCCUGGCACAGGGUACGGCACAGGAUAUUUCCAAAACGGACUGCCAGACCUUGUGCCAGACCCAUAUGCCAUCCAAGCAGGUACCUAUGUCCAGCGCAUGCAGAUGUACGCGCUUCGCUGUGCGGCUGAGGAGAACUGUCUGGCCAGAUCGGCUUAUGGACCCACUGUGCGAGACAUCAACUUCAGAGUCCUCCUGCGGUUUCCACAGAAAGUGAAGAACCAAGGCACCGCUGACUUCCUCCCUUUCAAGCCCAGAUAUCAGUGGGACUGGCACAGCUGUCACCAACACUACCACAGCAUGGACGCCUUCAGCAACUACGAUCUGCUGGAUGUUAUCACAGGACGUAAAGUGGCAGAGGGACACAAGGCCAGUUUCUGUCUGGAGGACACGAACUGUGAUCCUGGAUUCAGGCGACGCUACGCCUGUACAGCUCAUACGCAGGGUCUGAGCCCAGGUUGCCAUGACAUCUACGCUGCCAACAUCGACUGUCAGUGGAUUGACAUCACUGAUGUGCCUCCAGGAAACUACAUCUUGAAGGUUACAGUCAAUCCCAAUUUCCACAUCCUGGAGUCAGACUUCAACAACAACGUAGUGAGAUGUGAUAUUACUUACACAGGCGUUUAUGUUCAGACACGCAACUGUCGAAUAACGAGGGGUUGAAAUAUUAAUUUUUCUGGAAACAUGCAGAAGUUUGGCAGUAAGACCCCGUCUGUACUGCACAGGCUCAACGACAACAGUGAAAAAAGGUUUAUGCAGUUGGUAAAAUGUUGUAUUGUAAUGGUGAGCUGCAUUCCUGCUAUGAAGUCUUGGGGUUGCAUUUAUUCAGAAUAAAUGCAAAAUUAGUUUACACAAACUUUGUAUAUGGAACUAGUGAUGUCAUCAGAAUUACUUGAUUGUGUAUUUCUAGAAAUGUGCUACGAUUGGUUACAAAUUAUGUUUUGGUUUGUUUUUCUUAACAAAUACAAGUACUGUUCGUAGACACGUUUCUUCCUUUAAGUGCUACUUACUCGCUUGAAAUGUGUGUAUUGUUUGUCAUUUGAUGUCGUUGUUAAUGUUUUUUUCAGAUUUUUGUUACUAUUAUGUGCACAUUAUUAACAUCUAGAGUUUUAUUUAACCUUAUAACAUCCACUCUUUUGGGGAAACUCUUUUAGGGAUAAGGUUUAAUGUUGCUCAUUGUCAGCUCCAUAAUUUGUUCUUCCUCUCUACUAGAGGAGUUUUGUGUGAUUACCAGUUCAAAACAAGGUCCCCUGGAUUUCAGCAGUGAUUGACUGCCCUUCCUUAAACAUCACGUUGGAUCGGGUUGGUCUGCUCACACCCAGAGCCUGAUAUAUUAGGCGCGACCAUAUUAGGGGAAAAAAGCUGACCACGCAUUUAGAGCAGUCUGAUGCCUGAUCUUGUGGAUCACAGGGAGUACAGUACUUCCACAUACAGUGACAUUAUUAUUUGAAACUUUGAUCAUAUGAAUAUCAACCACUGUAAAACUGUACAUCAGAUAUCAUCAAAUGCUCUACAAAUCAGGCUUGAAAAACCAUGGCAACCAAAACACUAAGGUUGACGCUUCAGAGCCAACAGGCAAAGUAGUGAUGUUUUAUAACGUCUGUCGUUGUCCUGUAGACAACUUAGGAUGUUACUGUAGAACUCCAUGUUGAUAGUCUGGUCAUGACGGGUGAAUUCAUGGAACACCCUCCAAACCCCCUCCAAAAACUCCUCGUCACACUCCUGACCUGAAGUGUCGCCAUCGGGCUUGGAAACUUAGGACGCUUCAACUGAAAACUGCUGGGUCAUAGCUGGAGGUCCAAUUCUAAUUACCAGCAAGUACCACCAAGGAAGUCGGUCUUCAAUUUGAAAUUAAAUCAGGUAUGUUUUUGUGUUUGUUUGUUUUGUUAUUUUAUGAUAGUGUUCCUGGAGCUUUUUGACCAUACCUUGUAUAUAAGAAAAAAUAAGAAAAAGGUUAGCUCCUCUUAUAAUACAGGAGCUACAUUAGUUAUAUUAGAAGGUCCGAACACAUGUAUGAAACCACAUCUUAAAGGUUACUGAUAGAAUCUGAAACCUGCUUAUUAGCCUGUGGCUCAGAGACAUCCUAAACAUAACCCUAAACAGAUCACCAUCCAAUCUGGUGGAUGCUAAGAGGUUUUUACAUAAAAGAUAUUCUAGAUCGUCGCUACUGUCAACAAUUCUCAUGGAAAAACAUCUAAACCAAAACUGAGAAGAAGAUCCACAACACAUGGUGGAAGGUUUUACAAAGACAAAGAGAAGUUGUAUUCUCCAAUAGGUCACUACAAAACACCCCAUGGGUCAAAGCAGCCCAUUUUUAGUCCCAGGACUGAGCUCUUACUGGGUGACUAUUGUGUAGUGUGAUCCUGGCCUUCUAUAGGAUCACACUGCAUAUGUAUAAUAUAUGUGGCUUUAAAAAAAACAUAAUUUUCUAAAACUGCAGCACACUAAGUAAGCGAACACUACUCAAACAGCAGUAUUUAUGGCAGCCGGAUAGUGAAUGAAGACUCCAGUAAAAAUAAACCACAGCAUCCAUGUUGAUGAUAAAAGAAGAAAUAAGUCAGCCGGUUAAAGAGUGUGACUCAGAAUAUUUUUCAGUGGAGCUCUUGGGAGCAGAUGAAUAACAUGCAUCAGGUUUUGAAUAAACACAGACAAGGCCUAGUAGAAAU